GAAGCAUUUUUCUGUUCCUGAGUAAUGUCAUCCAGUGGAGAGUCGUCCAUCAGGCAGUGAGUUCUCCUGGUGGACAUCUUGGAUGGCUUGAAGGGGAGCUGGAGAAAUGCAUGGAAGAGAAGGCUCUCAAGGGCUACAAGUCAUGAUGGCUGUAGCCUUCUGUCCUUGUUUUUUUAAAAAGAUGUUUUGUUUUAAAGGUGAUUUUGGUCCUUCAUCCUUUUUUUGCCCCCCUGGAUUCCCUUUGGAAGGAAGGACAGGAUAUAAAUUUUAUUAGUAUUAUUAGGACUGAUUGUGGGAUUCCCAUGCACAUUGAUUCAGGCCCUGUGGAGAUGCUGGACUAGACAGGCAUUUGGUUUGAUCAAGUUCAUCUCAUGCUAUAAAGAGGAAGGUUGGCCAUCAGGUGGAAGUUCUCCUUCCAUCCACUGAGAGAUUCCCCAAAUUAAAAUAUCUGGCUUGGCUUCCAGAUCCUGACAGUCUGAAGGAGACCCAGGUAGUUUUGUACCGAAAGUAACUUGUGUGUUUCCUUGAAAGAGCUAGGCCUCAUUUCCUUUUCGGAAGGAAGAGAAGAAGAUCCACUUGUCCAGGGUCACAAAGAAGAGGAGGCGGAGACAUCAGCAGGUAGUGUUGUGGGGCUCUUUGUGGAACUGAAGAUUCCCCACCCACCCCUCUUGUUCCUGAAUAAUGUCAUCCAGGGCAGACUGACCAUUAGGCUACGAGCUCUUCUCAUGGUUUUGCCCUCUCCAUUCCUCUGCACCUAAAAAUCUCACAACAUCUCAUUCCUCGGAGUUUCUCUUCCUCCACAGACCUUGGGUUGCGAAGGAUGAAAUGGUCCCAUCUCACCCAGGAUUCUGGGCAGGACUGUGGACCAUUGAUCUUAAGAAGAGGCGCAGUGGUAAAUUUUGGAACGCAGGAGCCCCAAACAUUCAAACCUAAAGCUUCUGUCCCAAACUUGUAUAUCUGGCACUUAAUUUCCAAGUUAAAGACUAUUAAAAUUUGAAUAGGUAAUAGUUGCAGCAGCCCCGGAUUCUUCCCAUUCUCUGUGGUGUGUGUACUUUGGGUUACUUGCUUUCGUUGUCAGGGACUAUUUGUACCACAGACUCCUUUUUCUGGUUGUGGAUCGUGCAGACUACUUGAUGGCUGGUCCUUCCUUUAAGAAAGGGGGCAGACAGUCGAAGAGGGCUUCUUCAUACCUCCUUUUCCAGCUCUUGGAUUUUAUUUCCUUGAAGCCCAAAGUAAAAGCGAGGCUAUGCAUGCUCUGCAAGAGGGUCCCCGUCUCGCAGUCAUGCAGCUGAGAUCUUGCCAGGCUGCACCUGCCUGAAGCCAAAUUCAGCAUUAGUUGUAAAAAUGAGCCCCUCUGAACAAAAGCGGGUCUUGCUUCUCAUUAAGCCCUUCAUCAAAUGGAGCUAGAAGCUUCUCAGCACAGAUAUUAUCUGGCAAAGCCACACAGCUCAGGUUUUGCACAGGUUUUUAUAUGAACUCUUUUAAAACCCAAGACACAUUCUAUAGCAUAUUUAUUGGUUUAUUUUAAAAUUUGUGCCUCACUUUUCAAGGAAGGCAAUGGUAAACCACCUCUGAAUACUGCUUACCAGGAAAACCCUAUUCAUAGGGUCGCCAUAAGUCGGGAUCGAGUUGAAAGCAGUCCAUUGCCAUUUUCUUUUCGAGGAACUUCUUCCACACAGCAGCUUACCAUUUCCAAUGAAAGCCAAACUUCACCGGAAAAACAAUAUAUAUGUAUAAAAAACAGAAUAUAAGACCUAAUAAGGAUCAUAAAAACAGUAAUUAAGAAUUCUUUGGGGGAAGACAAAAACCUUUCAACAAACUUGGAAAGCGUAACAACAUCUGGGCUUGUUUCUCUUGAAAGGGAAGAGAACUCCAAAGAACUGGCUCCACAGCGCUGAAAGCAUGUGGCCCGAGUCAUGUGCUGUUGGCAAGGCUUCACCCCUUUGCUCUCGUUCAAAAUGUUUUGAGCGUUCAGAUUUGGUUUGGAAUGCCCAAAUACUUUGUGGUCAAAAGUAACUAAUCUUGCCUGAUUUCCUUUUUUUAAAAAGAACCAGACCUCAUUUCUUGUUGGGAAGAAGGAGAAGAUCCGGUGAUGCAGGAACCCAAAGAAGAGGAGACCUCAGCAGAUACAGAUUGCGAUAAAGAUCUCCCCUGAAAAGGUUUGUGGAAACAGGAAGGUCUGCAAGAGGCAUCAAAAAGAAAAAUAGACUCUGCCUGUCUGAUAUGUAACAGCAGAGAGUUCCAAAGGGGAGGUGCCACCACACUAAAUACUGGGUUCCUUCAUCAUUCAGAAUGGACCUACUGAUGAGAUGGUAUAAGCCAAGAAGCCCUCUGCUGCAGACCUAAGUGACUAGUUUGGUAUAUAUCAGGAUACAUCUGGGGGGUCAAAGCUGACGGAGAAGUAUCUGAAGUAUCACUGGAAAAAGCUGAGGAGCAGAUGCAGGAGCAGAAACUGAGGAGUCAAGAUGGAGCAAAGAGACAAGAGGAAAGACAGACUCACCCAGGGGACAAACCUUAUAAAUGCUUUGAGUGUGGAAAGAGCUUCAGGUGGAGUAGCACCCUUACUCAACAUCAAAGAAUUCACACAGGGGACAAACCUCAUAAAUGCUUUGAGUGUGGAAAGAGCUUCAGAUGGAGUAGCACCCUUACUCAACAUCAAAGAACUCACACAGGAGACAAACCUUAUAAAUGCUUUGAGUGCGGAAAGAGCUUCGGGUGGAGUAGUACCCUUACUCAACAUCAAAGAACUCACACAGGAGACAAACCUUAUAAAUGCUUGGAGUGUGGAAAGACAUUCAGUCACAGUAGCUCCCUUACUUUGCAUCAAAGAACUCACACAGGGGACAAACCUUAUAAAUGCUUGGAGUGUGGAAAGAGCUUCAGUGAGCGUAACACCCUUACUUUGCAUCAAAGAACUCACACAGGGGACAAACCUUAUAAAUGCUUGGAGUGUGGAAAGAGCUUCAGUCAGAAUAGCACCCUUACUUCGCAUCAAAGAACUCACACAGGGGACAAACCUUAUAAAUGCUUGGAGUGUGGAAAGAGCUUCCGUCAGAGUGCCCACCUUACUUCACAUCAAAGAACUCACACAGGGGACAAACCUUAUAAAUGCUUGGAAUGUGGAAAGAGCUUCAGUCGGAGUAGCACCCUUACUUUGCACCAAAGAACUCACACAGGGGACACACCUUAUAAAUGCUUGGAAUGUGGAAAGAGCUUUAGUCAGAGUAGAAACCUUUCUUCGCAUCAAAUAAUUCACACAGGGGACAAACCUUAUAAAUGCUUUGAGUGUGGAAAAAGCUACAGGUGGAGUAGUGACUUUUCUCAGCAUCAAAGAACUCACACAGGGGACAAAUGUUAUCAGUGCUUGGAGUGUGGAAAGAGCUUCAUUUGGAGUAGUCACCUUAUUUCUCAUCACAGAACUCACACAGGAGACAAACCUUAUCAGUGCUUGGAGUGUGGAAAGAGCUUCAGACAGAGUAGCCACCUUACUUCGCAUCAAAGAACUCACACAGGGGACAAACCUUAUCAAUGCUUGGAGUGUGGAAAGUGCUUCAGUCAGAGUAGCACCCUUAGUAAACAUCAAGAAUGUCACACAGGAGAAAAACCUUAUAAAUGCUUGGAGUGUGGAAAGAGGUUCAGUCGGAGUAACAACCUUUCUUUGCAUCAAAGAUGUCACACAGGGGACAAACCUUAUAAAUGCUUGGAGUGUUGAAAGACCUUUCAUCAGAAUGGCUACCUUCAGGCACAUCAAAGGAUCCUUUUAAGGGAAGAGAUGCAUAAAUGCUUUGAAUGUGGAAAAAGCUUUAAGCAGAGUUCAACUCUUUCUGUGCAUCAAAGGAUCCAUAUAUGGAAGCCGGGUGUUUUUUUCCCUAAGUGUAGAAGUUUGCAUUUAUCCCUGUUGAAUUUCAUUCUGUCGUUUUCAGCGCAAUGCUCCAGCAUAUCAAGGUCCCUUUGAAUUUUGUUUCUGUCUUCCACGGUAUUUGCUAUGUCCCCCAACUUUGUAUCAUCUGCAAAUUUGAUAAGCAUGCUUUGUACCUCCACCCAAGUCAUUAAUAAAAAUGUUAAAGAGCACUGGGCCCAGGACUGAGCCCUAUGGUACCCCACUUGUUACUUCCACCCAGUUUGAGAAGGAACCAUUGAAAAGCACUCUUUGAGUACGAUUCUGGAGCUAACUGUGAAUCCACCUGAUAGUUGUUUCAUCCAGACCACAUUUAGCUAGCUUGCUAAUCAGAAUAUCAUGGGGCACUUUGUCAAAAGCUUUGCUGACGUCGAGAUAUAUUAUGUCCACAGCAUUCCCACAGUCUACAAGGGAGUUACCCGAUCAAAAAAUGAGAUGAGAUUAGUUUGGCAGGAUUUGUUCUUCAUAAAUCCAUGUUGGCUCCUAGUAAUCACUGCAUUGUUUUCAAGGUGCUUACAGACUGACUGCUUUAUAAUCUGCUCCAGAAUUUUUCCAGAUAUUGAUGUUAGGCUGAGUGGUCUGUAGUUCCCCGGUUCCUCCUUCUUGCCCUUUUUGAACAUAGGGACAAUAUUAGCUCUCUGGCACUUCACCAGUCCUCCAAGAUAAUAGACAGCGGUUCUGAGAGUUCUUCAGUCAGUUCCUUCAAUACUCUAAGAUGCAGUUUGUCGGGCUCUGCCGAUUUAAACUCGUUCAAAGUGAUUAGGUAUUCUUUGACCAUUUGUCAAGCUCAAGCUCCAAUCCUGCCCCUUCUACUUCAUGUUUCCCAGGAGGGUCAUAGACCCUGUUUUGGGAGAAGACUGAGCCAAAGUAGGAAUUGAGCAAUUCUGCCUUUGUCAUCUGUUAUCAUUUUGCCAUCCUCACUGAGUAGCUGUGCCACCAUUUAUUUUCUCUGUCUUUUACUAUGGACAUACCUGAAGAAAGCUUUUUUUGUUGCUUUUAGCAUCCCUCGCUAGCCUCAGCUCAUUCUCUGCUUUAGCCUUCCUGACACCAUCCCUGCAAUUCUGUGAUAUCUGCCUGUACUCUUCCUUUGUGGCCUGGACUUCUUUCCACUUCCUGUAUGUGUCCUUUUUUGCUUUCAGGUCAUCUCUAAGCUUUUUAUGAAGUCACACUGGCUUCUUCUGCUGUUUCCCCCCCUUUUUUUCCUUGUUGGAAUUGCUUGCCAUUGCGCUUUUAGAAUUUCCUUUUUUAGAAACUCCCAACCAUCUUCGACUCCUUUUCUCAUUAGGGUGGCUUGCCAUGGAACCGUACUUACAAUUGUUCUGAGUUUAUUAAAAUCAGCUUUCCUGAAAUCGAGGGUGUACGUAUGGCUACUCAGCUUUCUCUUCUGUUAAAAUCAAGAAUUCAAGUAUGGUGUGGUCACUUUCCCCCAGAGUUCCAGUAACAGCCACUUCAUCCACCAAAUCAUCUCUAUUGGUUAGAAUCAAGUCCAGGAUAGUAGAUAGUCUCUUAAAUAAGUGCAGAGGCUGUGUGUUAGAGGUGUGUGAGAGGUUGCUGAAAUGCAUAGCGUCAGGGAAUGUGGCCCAGCACUUCUGUGGAUGAGGGUCCUUUGUGAAGAUCUUCAAGGCUGUAUUGGGUGUCAAGCCUGCUAACUGAUGGCUGAAUUUGAGCAGAUCUCCCAGAUGGAAACUUCGUCAUGUUUCAGAGGGACUCAGACUUCGUUGCUUUUGUUUUCACGGCUUGUCUACUUUGGGGUAUUUUAUGAACAUUAUGUUAAAUUGUUAUCUGUAUCGUUAUUUAUCUGUAUUUUAUCAUUAUUGUUUUCAGAUUUUUAAUGUCUGUUAUAUUUGUAU